CCGCGACUUCAACUUCCUAGCUCUACACCAUCCGACGUUCUAUACGGACGAUGCCUACACCUCACAGACCCUAUCAAUAACCUCCUACCACACCACACAACAUGGCGCACAUCCCCUUCAUCGGACGCCUACACACCUACGAAUACGUCGCGCUCGCCCUCUCCUUCUUGCUGGCCUUGAUCGAACUCGUCAUUCGCACAAUCACCCUCCUUCUCCCCACGCCCAUCAUCCGCUUCUGCUAUCGCGUCAGCCGCAAUGCCUUCAACUCCCUCUCCUCGCCGUACUCCCGCCGCGCGCGCAACAAGAAGAAGUCCGUCUCCAGCCCCAUCGCGCAGGCUCACGAUUUCGUCGAGCUCUGCGAGUUGUAUGGCUACUACGCGGAAGAACACGUGGUUCAGACCAAAGACGGCUAUCUCCUUGGCCUACAUCGUCUAGCAUGGCGCCGGGGCGAGGAGGACAUGAGCGUGAACGCCGGGCCGAACUCCAUCCAAAAGAAAUGCGUGUACCUCCACCACGGCCUGCUCAUGAACAGCGAAGUCUGGGUCUGUAUCACGGAGAAAGAGCGCUGCCUACCCUUUAUGCUCGUCGAGCAAGGAUACGACGUCUGGCUGGGCAACAAUCGGGGCAACAAGUACAGCAAGAAGAACAUGCAUUACGCGCCCACCUCUGUCGAAUUCUGGGACUUCAGCAUGGACCAGUUCGCGUUCCACGACAUCCCCGACAGCAUCAACUACGUGCUCUCCACCACCAGCCAGCCUAGUCUGAGCUACAUCGGCUUCUCGCAAGGAACAGCGCAAGCCUUCGCCACCCUCAGCAUUCAUCCCACGCUCAACAGCAAAGUGGAUGUCUUCGUCGCCCUGGCACCUGCCAUGGCACCACCAGGCCUCGCCUCGGGGGUCGUUUCCAGCCUUGUCAAGACCAAUCCGGAAAUUCUCUUCCUCCUCUUCGGCCGCCGAGCCAUCCUGGGCAGCACCACCAUGUGGUCCGCCAUUCUCUAUCCCGCCAUCUUCUCCUGGUCCAUCGACAAGUGCCUCCUUUUCCUCUUCAACUGGAAGAGCCUCAACAUCUCUGCGCACCAGAAGCUCGCCGCCUACCCCCAUUUGUACUCCUUCACUAGCACGAAAAGUGUAGUGCAUUGGUUCCAAAUCAUCCGCAACGGCAAGUUUCAGAUGUUCGAUGACGAAGUCAGCACCCCCAUGAGUUUGAACCAGGGAAGCAAGUACUACAAGGUCGCCAAAUUCCCCACGCGCAACAUUCGCACACCCAUCGUGCUGGUGUACGGCGGGAGUGAUAGCUUGGUGGACAUCAAGCUUAUGCUGAAAGAGCUUCCGCGCCACACUGUUGCGAGGUGCAUUCCGAAGUAUGAGCAUUUGGACCUCUUGUGGGCGAGCGAUGUGCACGAGCUUGUGUUCCCGCAUGUGCUGGAGGCGUUGGAUUCAUAUGCUGUUCCCGAGAACACGAAAGCUAGCGCUCUGGGAUGGAGAAGCACUGGACUUACCAGGCACGGGUCAAGUCCGUUGUUGAACGGGUCACAGCCGCCGGGAUAUUCGGAGGACGAGAGUGUGAAUGGACGACUACUGCUCCCAGCUGCGUCAGGCGCUGAUACUCUAGAAGAUCGAGAACCGACUCAUCACAUGGGCAUGAUGGAGGGGAGCGUGGAUGAGCACAUGGACGAAAGCGACUACGAGGACGACAUGGAUGCUCUAGCCCUAACGCCACCACAAAACGCACAAUUGCCCCCAAUCCGACAAGCCUUUUCUCUACCAGCGGCGUUGGAAGGAAUUGCAGGUCCGCCUCUGACACCCACUCGACAACAGCCUGAGCUAGAACAGCGCUCAACCCCAGCAGAAGACAUCUCAAUCGACAACCGAAAAUUCAAGAAAGGCGUGGUACGUUCUCCCAGCAACAUGACGACAGCAUCAUCCCUCGCGACCGUCAUGCCCGCCGGCGCCGGCGCCGGCGCCAGCGCCCCUCCUACAACUCCAGCUGAGACGAAACGCAGAGUCCUCACGCCUAGCCAGCUGCAGACUCGUGAGCGCAACCGCCGCAGCCAAGUGAGCCAGACUAGCGACGGUCAGGUCACUGUUGUUGCUGCUUCGCCGACGGAUUUUGCUAUUGCUAAUGCUGUGGACGCCGAACGGGAACAGGAGAGAGAUGGGAAGAGGAUUGCGCCCGAGGGAUGGUGGUCGAAUACGAGUGCGAGCUCGUUGGGGAGUAAAGGGGGAUGAGGCCGCAUGCUUUGGAUGGUGUUCAGGGUGACAGUGUUGGCAUUGAUUAGAUGAGAACGGCUCCGCGAAUCUAGGACGACAGGACGCUGGUUUGUGAAAUCUGAAAGGGGAUAGGCUGAUCAAGACGUGGCUGUAGUCUAGUCAUGGACUUGGCAGCAGGAAGCGCGACUGAUCCCGUUGGGCUGAGACAUCUAGUGACCAGGCUUGCGCGACAUUGGUCAAUACGAUUACAGGCCAAGAUAUAGAGGCAUUAGAUUGUGAGCGCAGCAGCGAAUUUGUUCGAGCAAAUUGAAGUCGACU